GAGAUGAAACGGUAGUUCGCUUGUUUUUUUCCUACAAACCAAGAUAUAUCCCGCUCUACACCUAUGUAUUGAGCACUGUUAUAUGAACGCCUGCACUCACGCAUUAUAUAUAUAUUGCUAUACACAAAGUUGACAUCAUGAUAUUGAUAACGUAUCUAAAUAGAAUACGUGACAUCAUGAUAUUGAUAAUGUACCUAAAUGGAAUACAUGACAUCAUGAUAUUGAUAACGUACCUAAAUGGAAUACGUGACAUCAUGAUAUUGAUAACGUACCUAAAUGGAAUACGUGACAUCACGAUAUUGAUAACGUACCUAAAUGGAAUACGUGACAUCAUGAUAUUGAUAACGUACCUAAAUGGAAUACGUGACAUCAUGAUAUUGAUAACGUACCUAAAUGGAAUACGUGACAUCAUGAUAUUGAUAACGUACCUAAAUGGAAUACGUGACAUCAUGAUAUUGAUAACGUACCUAAAUGGAAUACGUGACAUCAUGAUAUUGAUAACGUACCUAAAUGGAAUACGUGACAUCAUGAUAUUGAUAACGUACCUAAAUGGAAUACGUGACAUCAUGAUAUUGAUAACGUACCUAAAUGGAAUACGUGACAUCAUGAUAUUGAUAACGUACCUAAAUGGAAUACGUGACAUCAUGAUAUUGAUAACGUACCUAAAUGGAAUACGUGACAUCAUGAUAUUGAUAAAGUACCUAAAUGGAAUACGUGACAUCAUGAUAUUGAUAACGUACCUAAAUGGAAUACGUGACAUCAUGAUAUUGAUAACGUACCUAAAUGGAAUACGUGACAUCAUGAUAUUGAUAACGUACCUAAAUGGAAUACGUGACAUCAUGAUAUUGAUAAUGUACCUAAAUGGAAUACGUGACAUCAUGAUAUUGAUAACGUACCUAAAUGGAAUACGUGACAUCAUGAUAUUGAUAACGUACCUAAAUGGAAUACGUGACAUCAUGAUAUUGAUAACGUACCUAAAUGGAAUACGUGACAUCAUGAUAUUGAUAACGUACCUAAAUGGAAUACGUGACAUCAUGAUAUUGAUAACGUACCUAAAUGGAAUACGUGACAUCAUGAUAUUGAUAACGUACCUAAAUGGAAUACGUGACAUCAUGAUAUUGAUAACGUACCUAAAUGGAAUACGUGACAUCAUGAUAUUGAUAACGUACCUAAAUGGAAUACGUGACAUCAUGAUAUUGUUAACGUACCUAAAUGGAAUACGUGACAUCAUGAUAUUGAUAAUGUACCUAAAUGGAAUACGUGACAUCAUGAUAUUGAUAACGUACCUAAAUGGAAUACGUGACAUCAUGAUAUUGAUAACGUACCUAAAUGGAAUACGUGACAUCAUGAUAUUGAUAAUGUACCUAAAUGGAAUACAUGACAUCAUGAUAUUGAUAGUGUACCCAAAUAGAAUACGUGCUUAUUAUAUUGAUAACGUACCCAAAUAGAAUACGUGAUUAUUAUAUUGAUAACGUACCCAAAUAGAAUACGUGAUUAUUAUAUUGAUAACGUACCUAAAUGGAAUACGUGAUCAUCAUUAUAUUGAUAACGUACCUAAAUGGAAUACGUGAUUUCCAUCUUGCUGUGGUACAAAGAAACCCUCGAUAGAAGAGCCAUAGUGGUCUCCCCAGUCCUCCGGUUCCGAGAAAUGGCUAAUAAUCAAAGAGGAUGAUGGGAAGUAGGGGUAGUUGUUGCUAUCAAUCAAAUUUUUAAUCCUGUCGCCGGGGAUGUUAUCAAACUUUUUCAGCGUCACGCCACUAAGGUUCCUGGAAAGCAUGUCUGGAAGAGAGAAGACAGCGAUGAAUAAGUAAUUAUGGUUAAGUAUUGGAGGUGGACUGGGUACCGGCCGAGUCAGUGGUACCAUAUUUACAUGUUCAAUAAUUUGCAUGUCUUUGGUUCAAUGCAUAAAUUUAAUUAUUUACAUGUUUAAUAAUCGUUAUCUUUUUCUUGGGGGAGAUAAUUCUACCAGCCUUCCUUCCUCCUUCCUUCCUCCUUCCUUCCUACUCGUAGAGUAUCUAAAACAUUUCCCUUAACUUGAUGUUUGUUUUAUUUACUUCAAGUGUCUGUUUGAUAGACUUCCUUGGCAGUAUUUCAAUACUUGUAACAGGACGUCGUGGACUCACUGUACCCUAUGACAACACGGGUAGACGAUAACUUAUGACGCCUUGGGCAGAUUGUACCAAGAAGUCACAAGAUAACUGUACCUGUGACGUCAUGAGCUGCUGCCCAUGACGUCAUGAGAUGACUGAAGUAACUGAACCUCAGUCCACUUACCUCACAGAUCAGUGAGGUUAGGAGGUAAGUAAUUUCGCCGCCGACUACGAUCAUACCUGUGACUUGAUGAGGUGACUCUCGUAUGUGGAAGGUCUUCCCGUGAUUUACGGCUUUGAAAUGUAUUUUGGGGUCGUUUCCAAAGACUGGAUCAGAAUGUCCAUUGGGGUCGACUAAGUCAAACAUGAGGUGCAACGCUUGCGAGGAGUCAUUCACGGCAUCCGCCUGGAUGGAUUUGCUGAGCUCGUGUACGGCAUCCGCCUGGAUGGAUUUGCUGAGCUCGUGUUCGGCAUCCGCCUGGAUGGAUUUGCUGAGCUCGUGUACGGCAGGCCUCGUGGUGCCCGAGUAUUCCUGGUAACCCUUCAAGCAUAUCAAACAUAUUUGUUUUAAAUAAUUGUCCUUAGCUUCUUUAGCGGUCAUCGCCGAUAUGAGCCCCUUGCAAAGGUUAAACACCAUUUCAGUUUAUGCCAAUUCGAGCAACGAACAUUUAGAUUUUUCUUGGUUGGCAUAUAAUUUGUGAAAUAUUAAUUUGAGUAAUGAUUUGAAGGACAGAAGAUUGUUGUGUGAUUUGUCCCUGGACCACUAGUUGUAACAGACAAAAGCAUGGAAGGAAAUGGAAGGAAACGUGUGUUAUAAAGCCACACACAAAAUCAGGAGAUUAGAAUCCUGAAACUAUGCAUAAAAACUGUAUGGUAAUACCGGCUCAUAAUCAUCAUCAUCUUCAACAGUAACUCCGCUGCGCUUCUUGUCUGCAGGCUCGGCCUUCAUAAUCCACCCUUCGCCAGAACGUUGGACAUGAACCUUCAUCUUGGGGCUACGAAGAGGCUCUGUACCAUCAUCAGAACUGUUCGCUUUAAGAUGAAGGGGAAUGCCAAGAUGGUUCACCAGAUAGAAAUAAUACGAGUUUUCUGGAAUUACACAAGGAAAGUUUUGUUUAAUUCCAGGCGCCCUCCUUUGGCGAGCGUCAGUAAAAAUAAGAGAAUAAUACGUUCUAGCGCGGUCCUUAGGUCAACACAGUCCACCGUUUUGUUUAAGCAUAACUUGAUUGCUCUGCUCGCCACAGGGAGAGGAACGACGUAAGACGGCCUGUGGUGAAGGGGUAGGUCAAUAUAAUAGACAUACUGCGGGAGGUAAACAGUCUAAUCUUUAUGGCAGCCCAGUCCCUUCGCCUACUGAAUCUUCCACUGGAGCGGGAACACAAGCACUGUAACUAAAAAUGGAUUAUCAAAUACAACUACCCCCACAUGCGAGCACCAUCUGUAUCACGUGACAGGCUUCGUGAAACUCCUUCACGUACGAGACCUCCGUUUUAGUGUCCGCGUAGACAGGGAAUAUGGAAGACAUUACUUCGCCUCAUUUGUAACCUGCUCGAAUCAAAGAAUAAAUUUGGAAAAUUCCAAGAUCACCCUGAUUCGAACCUGGACCACGAUAAGUUUUGUAUUGGAUUCUCGCCUGGUGCUAUUGGAUGCAGAACAACUUUGCAUCCAUCAUUAUUAAAGUGACUUCCUAAGGGAUGUAAGACUAGUCGCUGUACGUCCGUGGAACUUUUACAAACGACCUGCCUGAGAUGAUUUCCAAGAAGUUGGAAUGCGUUUUCGCCGUGGACAGUAGCCUGGCGAGCAUGCGCAUUCUAGUGAGACCGCUGGCAGUACGCCCCCUCUGACCUGCAGGCCUGGAUAGUGAGCAGAGAAGAAGAGACACCUUGAUGACGUCACUUGGAGUCCACCGCUGGAAUCCAUACCGAGGCAGUGCAGAGCCUCGCUUUGGUUCGUUUUGAACUUGAUCAAGUAAUAGUUGCCGUCUACGACAGGCGUUACUUAAGGAAAAAUAUGUCAUUAGUUUUAAUGGAGUAAGCGAAUAAAUAUGUAUUUUAGCGGACUCGUGAUGAACCGCAACCUUCA